AUGUCAGAUAAUAUAAAACAAGAAGAACAUAUAGAAGAAGUAGUACCUGCUACUGAUGCCGCAGCUUCUGCUACUCCUACUGCUAGUGCUACCACAGAAGAUGAUGGUCUUGAUAGAAAAACAUUAUUCGUAAGAUCAAUCCCAUUUGAAGCAACAUCAGAUCAACUAUCAGAAUUCUUCUCCCAAUUUGUUCCUGUCAAACAUGCAGUCAUCGUCACCGACAUGACAACUCAUCAAUCAAGAGGAUUUGGAUUCGUUUCAUUUACAAUGGAAGAUGAUACAGUUACUGCCUUAGUUGAAGCACGUAAAAAUAAAUUCAUGAAUAGAUUCUUAAGAAUAGAUAUUGCCAAAAGAAGAGAUCGUAAACUUAAUACUACUACUACUGAUGAUGGUGAAUCACAUGCUCAUGAUAAAAAACUGGUAGAUCCUGUUGAAAAGAGAAGAGCAAGAUUGAUUAUUCGUAAUUUACCUUGGUCAUGUAAAAAACCGGAUGGAUUAAAGAAAAUCUUUAGUAAAUAUGGUGCUGUCUUUGAUGCAUAUAUUCCUAAGAAAAAGGGAGGACAAAUGUGUGGAUUUGCCUUUGUUACUAUGAAGAAACAAGCUGCUGCUGAAAGAGCUGUUAAAGAAUCUGUUGGAUUGAAAAUUGAUGGAAGAGAAGUUGCCGUUGAUUUAGCGAUUGAGAAAUCUAAAUGGGAAAAAGUGAAGGAAGAUGAACCAGAAGAAGAAGAGGAAGAAGAAGAAGAAGAAGAAGAAGAAGAAGACGCAGAUGAAGAAAAAGAAGAAGACGAAGAAGAGCAAUCUGAUGAAGAUAAAAAAUCAGAAGAAGAUUUCGACAAUCUCAAUCAAAUAAACUCCGAUGACGAACCAGAAGAAGACGACGAAGAUGAAGAAGAUGAAGAAGAAGAACAACCCAGAAAGAAAUCAAAUAGACAAGAAGCUUAUUCCAUCUUUAUUAGAAAUCUCCCAUAUGAUGCCGAUUCAGAAUCCCUCACUGAACAUUUCACCGAAAAAUUCGGUCCGGUCAAAUAUGCCCUUCCCGUUAUCGAUAAAGAAACCGGUAUAGCCAAAGGAUCAGGUUUUGUAGCAUUUAAAUCCGAAGAUGCAUUCCUUCAAUGUAUCGAAAAUGCCCCAUCUCAAGCUUCAACGUCCAUGCUUAUUCCUGAUGAUGUUUCUCCAGAAUACGUAUAUCAAGGACGUAUUUUAUCAAUUACUUCUGCCGUUGAUCGUAGUUCUGCCAAUCGAUUAGCUGAAAGAAAUUCAGAAAAACGUAAAGAAGUAUUAGGUAAAGCACCUGGAGAAAAAGAUAAACGUAAUUUAUUUUUAUUAAAUGAAGGUCGUAUUACUGCCAAUUCAAAAUUAGCUCAAUUUAUUUCAAAAACUGAUUUAGAAUUACGUGAAAAAUCAUAUAAAUUAAGAGUUCAACAAUUAAACAAGAAUCCAACCUUACAUCUUUCAUUAACUCGUUUAGCCAUUAGAAAUUUACCAAGAGCAAUGAACGCCAAGGCAUUGAAAGCAUUAGGUAGAAAAGCAGUCGUUCAAUUUGCUACUGAAGUCAAAGAACAAAAACGUCAACCAUUAUCAAAAGAAGAAGUCUCCCGUUCUCUCAAACUCAAACAUGAAGAAAAUGACACCUCAUCCACCCCCGCCGCCAACGCCACCUCUGAAGAAUCAGCAGCCAAAAAAUCCAAUAAACAUAAAGGUGUGGUCCGUCAAGCUAAAGUCAUCAUGGAAAUCAAAGGUUCUGGAGAAACUGGUCGUAGUAGAGGUUAUGGGUUUAUAGAAUUUCGUGAUCAUAAAGCUGCACUUAUGGGAUUAAGAUGGUUGAAUGCCCAUGAAGUCACCCCUGAUGAGAUAUUAGAAGGAUUAACCGAUGAAGAAAAGAAGAUUGCCAAAGCUACUGAAGGUGGAUUGAAUAAAAGGAAAUUAAUUGUUGAAUUUGCGGUUGAGAAUGCUCAAGUUGUCAAGAGAAGAAAGGAAAGGGUUAUGAUUGCUAGAAGUGGGAAUGCUAGGGAAGGAGGAGAAGGUGGAUAUAAGAGAAAGAGAGAUCAAGAUGGAGAGGAAGAGAAUGGGAAAGGAGGAAAGAAGAGAAAGAUGCUUAGAAAGGGGUCGGCAAAGAAGGGAAAUAUGAAUAAAGGUGGUGCUGCCAAGACUGACAACCAAGGUGCAGAAUCUAAUAAGAAUAAAUCUGGUAUGUCUGAAGAUACUAAGAGACUUAUUGGUAUAAAGAGAAAGAGAAGAAAGGGUAAGAAUUAA